AUGGCUCUCACGAUGAAGCAGAUGUCCGUGAUUGUGGUGACUACGGGGAUUUUGUCCUUCAUAUUUGGUGUCAUUGCGGAGAACAAGAAGCCCCCAUCUGGGACUCCUAUUCCUGGAAAAGAUGUAGUCAUCUGCAAAUAUCCAUCUGAUCCAACCGUCCUCUUAGGAUCCCUGUCUGUUGUAUUUCUGGUCGUAUCUACGGUGGCAGGCUACAUUUCUCUGUUUUAUCCGUACGAGGGGAAGUCUAUCCCACAGUCUGCUUUCUUCCGAAAUACAACCUUCGUCAUGUUCUUCAACAUUGCUUUGUUUUCGACUGGACUAGCAGCAACAUUUCUCCUGUGGCCAACCAUCACUGAGCAACUCCACCUGACUCGCAAUGUUCACCAUGAUCUCAGCACCGAUUGUCCAACUGCAAAGACAGGUCUCCUGGGUGGCGGUGCUUUUUUCUCCCUCGAUUCAUCCCUAUUCUGGUUGGUCGCUUUAAUGUUGGCCAACAAUGCCCGUGAGGACUACUUUGGCGAAACAGAUGACGUUGAUGCAACUGAUCUUACAAUGGACUUGAAGGGGGAGUCAUUUGUGCCCGUCUUAUAAAUGUGA